ACGGAGGGAUGGAGAUAGUCUUCUUAUUCACUCUCUUCUGCAUACCAGAUGUGUUAGGUUCGAUGUUUUACGUCAUACCACAACUGAUGUCGCCGUCGGAAGCCGUUAAGGCUUGCAAGGAUAACAACAGCGAGUUGGCCAUUCCGGACACAGAAGACGAGGAGUUGUUAAACAUCCUCAAGGAGAUUGACGAAAAUGGGGCCUGGACAGGACAGUAUGUAAAUGUUGCUCCAUGGGCGUAUGCCAGAGGAUGUUGGAGAGAUUUUGACACAACGACGUCCUUUAAUAUUUCUAACAACAGUGGUUCGGCAUGUUUGCAGUCAUGUGGUCCUGAAUUUGAUACCGCUUUUGUAAAGGGGGAAGAAUGUGUUUGCACACAACAGCCUUACGCGACGAAAACAAACUAUUACUUUUGCCAAAAGGCUUGUGAAGGAGACAGGGGAGCGUGUGGUGGGAUUAACACACACACGCAGUAUACUAGGUGCUUUCUAAACACAUGUCCGGAAGAGUCUGAUCUCAGGCAUAAUUGUGCGUACAUUUACUUGAAUGGGACAUCGAGGACCGCCUUGUGUGAAGAAGAACACAUCCCUAUCUGUUUAACAGGUUCGAAUGGCGAGCUGAUAGCCAAUGUCUCCAGAAAAAUGUCCUGGAUAAAAUCUAAUGAAUUUUGUCGCGAACAAGAUGCUAAUCUUGCCGAUGUAUCGCAAAACCAGGACGUUGAAAAGAGUUUGAAAAGACAAAAUUCCAAUUACUCAUCCUCUACCACUUUCUGGGUGGCAUUAAGUAGAGCGAACACACAAACAAUAUCUAUAGCAGGUAAUACUUCUUUUAACACUUCAUCACGAUGCUCCUACAUCCAAAACAACGAUCACGAUGUCAAAAUGAGAAACUGUUCCGAUAGAGCAUUUGCCGUUUGUAAAGCAAACUUAGAUGACAAAGAUCAAGUUUUUGGUAAUAAGGAGACCAAUCAAGGCUUUGACAAUGGUAAUUCUACCACGGACAGCACUUCUAGCCUUCCGACAGUGAAUCUCUCCAUCGUCAUUCACCAUUACAUUUCCACCACGGUCAGUACUUCUGGUUUCCCAACUGAUGAUCGUUCUACCGUUUACAUCAUACUCGGUACGGUCCUGGCAGUCGCCUUCAUCGGUAUCAUAGUUGGAACAUCAAUUCUUGUGAAGAGAAGAAUGAAAUCAAAACGAACACCACACCAGCAAAGCCAUCCACAUUAUGACUACACAGAAAUGCAGCACGUGCAGUCAACCGACGCAUCAGGACUGAGAGUCGCAGCAAGUAGUGUUACAGAUCCGACCGCAUCAAAUAAUACCAACAGCGAUAAUGAAAUGAGGAUCCAGGAUGAAGGGAACUAUGAUAAACUUGGCGAUGGGUUUACUUCUAAACAAAUUUCAAAUGUAUCAAACUCCUAUGAUAGUGCACGGCCACUUCAAGAAGGAAUUUACAAUGAUCUUCAAGAAGGCAGAGAACGCGACAACGGUGUGAGGGAUUCGUUCUACGCCACUUCACAGUCCUGCUCAACAACGGAGGGUAAUUAUGACUUGUUCCAGAAACGUGACGUCGCAACCGGAGCUGAAUCAGAAUACGACCACGUCGUUCACCCAAAAGACUGAACAGAUUAAAAUAAAGAGUGUUGACGACCCGCUGAAUAGGAUAACUUGAAACAUGGUGUUUUAUAUCAUUAGGUCCUAGACAGUCUUUCAAUAAAGAAAUGUGUAUAUAUAUAUAUAUAUGUGUGUGUGUUUGAAAAGAAGAAAAUCAACACAGCAAAUGUAUUCCGCCAACGUUUUCAGACCUAACGGUCAUCUUCAUUUAUUAUAACGUAUAUAUACAAUGGUUGAUACCGCGAAAACGAGAAACCAUGAAAUAAGAACUGAUAAAGAAAGCUUCACUAAGUCUCAAUUCUUCCUUGUAUAUGACAACCUCUUUAGCUUCAUGUUUUAAAAGUCUCGAAAAUUCGAACCACAAAAAUAUCGUUACUGCACACAACGAUUGAUUAAAAACAUGAUAUUACAA